AUGUCCAUCAUUGGAGCUCCGACACCUGCACUCAUGGCACUGCAAGUUCCUGGUCCUUACGGACAGGUUGGUGGUGGCGCACCAAUUGACGCUCAUCUUCAACGCCAAAGAUUGCUGGCACAGCUCAAUGAAUCUACAUGGCAGAGGAUUGGCACCCUCAAUGAGCUCAUGAACCAGCUUGAUGAUGCACUUUAUGCAUACGAGCAGGCACUCCGCCAUAACAUGUACUCUACCCAGACUCUCAACGCCAUCUCAACGAUUCUGCGCACAAAGGAGAAAUAUCCUGAAGCAAUGGAGUACCUGAAGAACAUCAUCAAGAUGGAGCCUGCCAAUGGCGAUGCGUGGGGCAACCUUGGUCACUGCCACCUUAUGAUGGACAACUUGCAAGACGCCUAUACUGCGUACCAGCAAGCACUGUACUAUCUGCCUGAUCCGAAGGAGCCGAAGCUGUGGUACGGCAUAGGUAUUCUCUAUGACCGAUACGGCAGUCUCGAGCACGCCGAAGAAGCCUUUUCGCAGGUCAUGCGUAUGCAGCCGGACUUCGAGAAGGCCAACGAGAUCUAUUUCAGACUUGGCAUCAUUUACAAGCAGCAGAGCAAAUUUCAGCAGAGUCUGGAGUGCUUUAAGUACAUUGUGUCUGAUCCUCCACGUCCACUAAACGAGGAAGAUAUAUGGUUCCAGAUUGGCCAUGUACAUGAGCAGCAGAAAGAUUUCGAAAGCGCCAAAGCCGCCUACAAACGCGUUCUUGAGCGCGAUCCUAGGCAUGCUAAAGUACUUCAACAAUUGGGAUGGCUUCAUCACCAACAGAGCAAUUCGUACUCGAGUCAAGAACAGGCGAUCGAGUAUCUCGAGAAAUCCGUCGGUUCCGAUAAUGCCGAUGCACAGUCCUGGUAUCUGCUCGGCCGCUGCUACAUGGCGCAACAAAAGUUUCCCAAGGCAUAUGAGGCCUAUCAACAAGCUGUGUACCGUGACGGGCGCAAUCCGACAUUCUGGUGCUCUAUUGGAGUGCUAUACUACCAAAUCAACCAGUAUCGUGACGCGUUGGACGCCUACUCAAGAGCCAUCCGCCUUAAUCCAUAUAUCUCAGAGGUGUGGUAUGAUCUCGGAACACUGUACGAAAGUUGCAACAACCAGACCGCAGAUGCUCUAGAUGCAUACUCCAGAGCGGCUGAGCUUGACCCCGGCAACGCGCACAUCAAAGCCCGCCUGCAGCUUCUACGUAGUGGUGGCGGCGCCGGCGGUAAUCAGCAUAAUGCCCCUGCUCCACAAGAUGUGCAUCCUCAAGCAUAUCAGAAUGGUGUUGGCGUUCCACCGAACCCAGGCUGGCCAGGCUCGACUGGCCAGAAUCAGCAACCACAUCAGCCUCCGCUGGACGCAGCCAGAGUCAGCGAAUGGACGCGCGGCAUCCCUCAACUGAACCAACCUAACGGCCCUGCCAACCCGCAGAAUGGCUUCGAUGGUCGGGAUGGCAUGCGUGCUCCGCCUAUGCGUGCUCCAUCUCCGCGCAGUGAUCAACUGCGGCCUUACGGUGAGCCAUCGCGCCACACACCUGGUCCUGUCCGGAAGCAUUCUCCAUCUCCAAAGAUGCAGCAUUCGGGACCAUCAGGUUUCCCGCCACCACAGACCUUGCCUCAGCUCAACCUAGGAGAGAGGCCUCCGCCAUUCAAUGGUGGAAUGCGGCCAUCACCAAACAUGAAUGGCGCUCCACCUCAGCCAGCUGGCGGACCCGCAAACACAUUGCCUCCCUAUGGUAGGCCCUUCAGUCCUCCCAGUGAAAUUCGACCUCUUCGAGACGACCAUGCCCACUCUCCGCCAGCUGGCAACAUGCCUCCUUCGCAGUAUCCUGGCAGCCAACCUUUUCCAAGCAUCGCUAGCGGCGUCAGCUCUGCACCCCAGCCUUUGCCACAGGCAGCUGAGCCACCUCGAGAAGAUACUAGGCCGCCCUCUGCUAUGAAAAGAUCGCGCGAGUGGGAAGCUGAUACUGGCCCGUCAAAGAAGAUUGCCAAUGAGGAGUCAAGAGCCCGACUCGAGGAGCCUCCGCGCCACACUAGCCCUCCUCACCGGAACCCUACUCCGCGCGACCACUUCCGCCGCGAUUCGUCCGAGGCCCGUCGGGAGAACGAGCGGCGUGCAAAUGAGAACUACCAUCCGUCUGAAGCUGCCCACCAUCCUUACAGCUUAGCGCCACAGAUGCCGCCUAUCCAGGCACAGGCGCCACCGCCGCCUGAGCCCCCAAAAGAGGACCGCAAGGAGAACGUCGAGCCUGCAGCGCGGAAGAUGGAUGUGGAUGAGGACUACGAUAAUAACAGUGAGGAUGAGAAGAAAGGCAGCGGAACGGCUCCUGGUACUGCAACCAGGAAUUCGCCGGUCCAGGCAGGGUCUGUUAACGGCGUGCCGAAGCAGGAAGUCACUGUAUAA